AUGGGGCAGACAUGCAGUAAGAAACGUGAGGCCAAUAAGUGCCAUUAGACUCAGCCAUCAAAGGUGGUUCUUGGGGAUUCACAUCAAAAUAUACAUACUAAUCCAACUCUUUAUCACCCUCAACAAGCGUUGAAGCAAUUCAAAUAGCUUAGCAUGCUAUUGUCAUUGGUAGGGAGUUUGGAUCAAUUAAAAUAAAAGACCAGAGAACAGUUCAGAUAGUUGUUCGCAUAAAAAAACAAUUGCUAAAUAAUCAUUUAAAACACCAUAAGAAGAGAAUUAAGAAUAAAAGGCUUAAUUCGACCGCCUCAGCAAGAUGACGAGGCUUUAUUACUUCAGGACAAAAAGUUCAAUAAAUCGUUACAGACACAAUUAAUAAUAGCAGCUGAAAUCAUUAGAACAUUGUAAUAAGAUCAAGACUUUUAAGAUAUGUUCCCUACAAUGUGUAUAUCCUUUAUGGAAUUGGCAGACAGUAUUCAAUCCGACAAUUAAUGA